AGCUCUCUGCCUUCCGAGACCAAAGAAACCAAAACCAUCGCCCACAGGGAAAACAAAACUGAAGGGAGAAAACAUCUCGAGAAAACAAACGAAAAAUCCCCAAUCCAUGAAGCCCACCACUGUCUCGCCUCCCGCCGCCGCGGCGGCGGCGGCGGCGGCGGCGGCCACCGACGACCCCUCGUCAUCGCAGUCGGACCCCGUCUCGGCCACUUUCUCGGUCGACCGCCGCGGCGACGCCUCCGCCUCCUGCCGAUGGACCCUCCCGGACUUCCCCCGCAGCCGCGCCCGCACCUUCUACAGCCGCUACUUCGAGGUCGGCGGCUUCGACUGCCGGCUCCUCCUCUACCCGCGCGGCGACACCCAGGCCCUCCCGGGGUACCUAUCCCUCUACCUCCAGGUUCUCGACCCCAAAACCCCAUCGUCGUCUUCCUCCUCCACCACCACCACCUCAUCAUCCAAAUGGGACUGCUUCCUCAGCUACCGCCUCUCCGUCGUCCACCCCACCGAUAACUCCAAGUCCCUGGCGCGCGAUUCCUGGCACCGUUUCUCCUCUAAGAAGCGUUCGCACGGGUGGUGCGACUUCGCGCCCUCCGCCGCCGCCGCCUACCUCUUGCCACCUCACGACUCCCUUGUCAUUGCGGCAGACAUAUCUGUGCUGUCGGAGUCCACCUCCUUCGCCGAUGCAGACGGCCGCUUCACCUGGAAAGUGCUCAACUUCGGCCUGUUCCGGGAGAUGAUCCGCACACAGAAGAUCAUGAGCCCCCCAUUCUUCCCCGCCGCUGCCCUUGCUGCUGGCGGGAAUGACUGUGGGCUCCGGAUUAGUGUCUAUCAGAGUAAUGUAUCUGGUGCAGACCAUUUGUCGGUGUGCCUGGAGAGCAAGGAGCCUGUGGUUCAGGUGACCACGGGGUCCUCGGCAUCAGCAUUGGCGUCAAGUAGCGUGGGAAGUGGUGUGCCGGAUGGUGACCGCGGGUGCUGGUGUCUCUUCCGUGUUUCAAUCCUUAAUCAGAAGCCUGGGGGGAACCACAUCCAUAAGGACUCUUAUGGGCGGUUUGGGGCAGACAAUUCCAGCCUUGGGUGGGGGGAUUACCUGAAGAUGGAUGAGUUUUUGGCUGCUGAUGGGGGUUACCUGUUUGAUGGGGCUGUGGUGUUUACUGCCUCGGUGCAUGUUAUCAAGGAAUCAAACUCAUUCACUCGUAGCUUACCAAUGGUGGUGGGCGUCAGUGGUGCUGGUGGUGGACGACCUGGGGCUAGAAAGUCGGAUGGACACUUUGGGAAGUUUGUGUGGAGGAUUGAGAACUUCACAAAAUUGAAGGAGCUGCUCAAGAAGCGGAAGAUCACAGGUUUAUGCAUCAAGAGCAGAAAGUUUCAGGCCGGGAAUCGGGACUGCCGCCUUAUUGUUUAUCCACGCGGGCAGUCUCAACCGCCAUGCCACCUCUCAGUGUUUCUGGAAGUGACAGAUCCCCGAAAUACUACCGGUGAAUGGACAUGCUUCGUGAGCCAUAGAUUGUCUGUCAUCAAUCAGAAAGUGGAGGAGAAGUCAAUCGUGAAAGAGUCCCAAAAUCGGUACUCUAAGUCAGCAAAGGAUUGGGGUUGGCGUGAAUUUCUGACAUUAACUAGUCUAUUCGACCAGGAUGCUGGUUUUCUUGUACAGGACACUGUUGUGUUCUCUGCAGAGGUUCUCAUUCUGAAGGAAACUGUAACUAUGCAAGAGUUUAGCGACGAAGAUUCUGAAAUAUGCAGUUCAAGUUCUGGAUAUCAGAUUGAUACUUUACCAAAGCAUCCAUCAUUUACAUGGAAGGUGGAAAAUUUCUUGUCCUUUAAGGAUAUUAUGGAGACAAGAAAAAUUUUCAGUAAAUAUUUCCAGGCUGGCGAUUGUGAGCUGCGGAUAGGUGUAUACGAGUCGUUUGAUACCAUCUGCAUAUAUCUGGAGAGUGAUCAGUCAUCUGGGGUUGAUCCUGAUAAGAACUUUUGGGUACACUAUAAGAUGGCUAUUGUCAACCAGAAGAAUUCCUCAAAAACCGUGUGCAAAGAAUCUUCAAUCUGCACAAAAACAUGGAAUAAUUCAGUUCUCCAGUUUAUGAAGGUUUCAGACAUUCUGGAUACUGAAGCUGGCUUUCUUGUCCGGGACACUGUUGUCUUUGUUUGUGAAAUCAUAGAUUGCUGUCCAUGGUUUGACUUCUCUGAUCUUGAGGUUAUGGCCUCAGAUGAUGACCAGGAUGAAUUGUCAACAGAUCCUGAUGAACUGAUAGAGUCGGAAGACAGCGAUGAUAUGAGCGGCGACGAGGAAGAUAUGUUCCGAAACCUCCUCUCAAGAGCUGGAUUUUCCCUUACGUUUGGAGACAACUAUACUCAGCCGCAGGUUACCUUAAGAGAGAAAAUUUUAACAGAUGCUAGUGCAAUUGCUGGAUUUCUUACUGGCCUGCGUGUUUAUCUUGAUAACCCAGCAAAAGUGAAGCGCAUGCUUCUUCCUACCAAAGUAUCUACCAAGGGAGGUGGAAAGAAAGAUGCUUCAAAGUGUGAUUCAAGCUCCACAAGUCUCAUAAGUUUGUUGAUGGGUGUUAGCGUCUUGAAGCAGGCUAUCAUUGAUUUGCUUCUAGAUAUAAUGGUUGAGUGCUGCCAACCUUCAGAUGAAAGAUCAACAUAUGACUCGUCAGCGAGCUCUAAAAUUUCUCAUGAUUCAAAUGAGGCUAGCUCUCCACCAGAGCUUAGUGUUGAAGGUGACCUAACAGAACGUGCAUGCAGCAAUGAGUAUGAAACUGUUGGAUCUGAUAGUGAUCAUUUUAGGCAUAAUCUUGCAUUACAAAAUACAGAGUCGAGUGCAAAUGAGAUGCCUGCCAACAUUCUAGAACAGUCCAGUUUUCCUCCAGAGACACCUGCCGUCGAUUUGCCAGGGGAUGAAAGUUCUGAUCAGACUUCUGGGACAAAAUGGCCAGAUCAAUCUGAGGAACUGUUAGGGCUAAUUGUUAACUCAUUGAGGGCACUAGACUGUGCUGUGCCACAUGGAUGCCCUGAACCAAGAAGGCGACCUAAGUCUGUCCAGAAAAUAGCACUUGUACUAGAGAAAGCUCCAAAGAAGCUUCAACCAGAUUUGAUUGCUCUUGUACCAAAGUUGGUUGAUGGUUCGGAGCACUCACUUGCUGCUUGUGCGCUUUUAGAUCAUCUUCAAAAGCCAGAUGCUGAGCCUUCAUUGAGGUUACCGGUUUUUGGGGCCUUAUCCGAAUUAGAAUUUGAGGGUGAUGUCUGGAAACGAGCAUCUUUUCAUGCACUCGAAUUGUUGGCUGAUUCAAAUGAUGAGCCUCUUGUAGCGGCCAUUACAUAUGUUCUCAAGGCAGCAUCACAGUGCCAACAUAUUGCUCAAGCUGCUAGAGCUGUCCGAUGGAGAUUAGAAGGUCUGGGUACUGAAGUUCCACCGUGUGUACUUGAUUAUUUUUCUAAAACGGUGCAUAGCUGGCCAGAUGUAGCUGAAGCUUUAUUAAAGGACAUUGCCUCUGACCCUGAGCCUGAUAACAGUUGUCUCUCAUCUUCUUCUAGUACUUGCAGUAAAGAUGGGUUUACAGCUGAAGGGAUGCCUUCUUGGCAAGACCAGGCUGUACAUGGAAGCAGUCAUCUAUCAGAUGUUUUUGUAUUGAUAGAAAUGUUAUCAAUACCUGGAUUGUUCGUUGAAGCUGCACAGGUUCUUGAAAGGGCUUUAUCACAAGGGGCCUUUGGGGCGCAGUUAGUAGCCAUGGUGUUGGAAAGGCGGCAUUCUCACAGGUUAAGUUCAGAGUCUGGGGCUCCCGUGUAUGAUUUACAGAACAAGCCAGUUUUGUUAAACGGGCAGUUUGAAGCUUUGACUGUCCAAGAAGGUGAUUUCACUUCAGUUCUUGCACUUGGCGAGGUAUUGUCUCUAUCUGCGGAAGCGAGGGUGCAAGACUUUGUGCGGAUGCUUUAUGCUACCAUGUUUAAGAUCUAUGCGGAGGAUCAUUAUAGAUGCAGAAUUCUGAAGGGCCUUGUUGAUCGAGCAACAAACACUUCAGAUAACUUCCGAGAAGUUGACAUCGAUAUGGAUGUCUUGGUAUUUCUUGUUAAGGAGGAGCUUGGAAUUGCUAGACCUGUUUUAAACAUGAUGCGUGAGGCUGCUGAAGUUGCUCAGGCAGAUCGUGCCAAUCUUUGGCACCAAAUAUGUGCUACCGAGAAUGAGAAUGUUCGUUUGCGAGAGGACAUGGACAUGGAACAGACUAAAUCUACCAAUGAAAAAGCUGCAUUGACCCAACAAAUAGCCGAGUCCGAGGCAACUGUUGGGCAUCUAAGGUCUGAACUAAAAGCUGAGAGAGAUCGUCAUAUUCGGGAGAAGAAGGAACUCGCCAGGCAGAUGCGAGAGAUUGAGAAACAGAUGGAAUGGGUCCGAUCAGAAAAAGAUGAGCAAAUUGCAAAGCUCUCUGCCGAUAGGAAGAAUCUUAAUGAUCGUGUUAACGAUGCAGAGACACAAUUAUCACAGUUCAAAGCACGGAAACGUGAAGAACUAAAGAAAGUUACAAAGGAGAAGAAUAUGUUGGCAGAGAGGCUGAAGAAUGCUGAAGCUUCAAGGAAAGGGUUUGAUGAUGAAUUAAAACGGCAUGCUGCCGAAACACAGGCUCGUGAAGAGAUUCGAAAAUCACUUGAGGCUGAAGUAAGAAGGCUGACUCAUACAGUCGGACAAACCGAGGGAGAAAAGAAAGAAAAGGAAGAGCAAAUUGCUCGUUGCGAAGCUUACAUCGAUGGAAUGGAGUCAAAACUGCAAGUUUGCCAGCAAUAUAUUUGCACCCUAGAAACUUCACUCCAAGAAGAGAUGGCUCGGCAUGCCCCACUGUAUGGUGUUGGUGUGGAAGCUUUGUCGCUGGAGGAACUUGAGACGCUUGAAAACAUCCACGAGCAGAAUUUAAGACGGAUCCAUGCAUUUCAGCAAAGGAAAGGUAGCAGCCGUCUCUUGAGUGUCGCUGGCUUAUACCCCUCAUCUUCAAUGUCAGUUUGUCCAUCCUCCUCGUUGAUCCACACAUCCUCCGUAGCACCUAAUGGUGUGAGUGCCCAUGGAAAUGCAAAUGGAAACGGGCACAUGAACAAUGCAGUGAGCCCCUGGUUCAACCAAACCUGACUCCGAAGAUGCAAUUGCAAGCUGAAGGUCCGGAGAUGUUCAUUUUGUGCAUGACUCAAUAUUACCGCAUUUUGCCUGGCUGUAUUCACCAGCUACUGAGCAAUCUGGCGCGGUAGCCUUUUUGUUUUUGCCUUUCCGUUUUGGCUUCUCCCCUUGUAUCUGAACUGGUAGUGCUGUCGGCUCGAUAUGUCAUGGGGCGUAAAGGGGUUCCAUGUGAAAUAAACUGUAAUAAUCAAGAGAUCCGAUGGAACUAUCAGUUGCAAGUGGAAAGCUAUGGAAAUGGUUGAUACCAUCCAGUGCUUGGUUAUUUCCAAAAGCAUUGGAAUUCUGUUC